GUCCAUCAACUGCAGAGGGCAGCGGGGUUUAGCGUUUACUGGUUAUCUGAAAGGCACACCAAGAACAUCGAAACAUGACUGAGACAGCUUUAUCAUUCGCCAAGGACUUCUUGGCUGGCGGCAUCUCCGCUGCCAUCUGCAAAACAGCCGUUGCUCCCAUCGAGAGAGUGAAGCUUCUCCUUCAGGUUCAGCAUGCCAGUCAGCAGAUCACCGUGGAGAUGCAGUACAAGGGCAUCAUCGACUGCAUGGUCCGCAUCCCCAAGGAGCAGGGCUUCAUCUCCUUCUGGAGAGGUAACCUCGCCAAUGUCAUCAGAUAUUUCCCCACCCAGGCCCUCAACUUUGCCUUCAAGGAUAAGUACAAGAAGGUCUUCCUCGACGGCGUCGACAAGCGUACCCAGUUCUGGAGGUACUUUGCCGGAAACCUGGCCUCUGGCGGUGCCGCCGGAGCCACGUCUCUCUGCUUCGUGUACCCCCUCGACUUCGCCCGUACCCGUCUGGCCGCUGAUGUCGGAAAGCCCGGCGCCGGCAGAGAGUUCAAGGGUCUGGGACACUGCCUGACGAAGAUCUACAAAUCCGAUGGCAUGAGGGGUCUGUACCAGGGCUUCAACGUGUCCGUGCAGGGUAUCAUCAUCUACAGGGCUGCGUACUUCGGAAUAUACGACACGGCUAAAGGUAUGCUUCCGGAGUCUCAGUCCAACAGCAUAUUGGUGAGCUGGAUGAUUGCACAGAGUGUGACGGCUGUCGCUGGCCUGACCUCGUAUCCCUUCGACACGGUCCGGAGACGUAUGAUGAUGCAGUCCGGUCGCAAAGGAGCUGACAUCAUGUACACCGGGACCAUGGACUGCUGGCGCAAGAUCGCGAAAGAUGAAGGCGGCAAGGCUUUCUUCAAGGGAGCCCUGUCCAACGUGAUCCGAGGCAUGGGCGGCGCCUUUGUGCUCGUGUUGUACGACGAGCUGAAGAAAGUCAUGUAAUUUUUCACGUUGUCGCGUCACUGUCCAAUUUGGCUAAAUGUAACGACUCUCCAUUCCUGAGGACUCUACAUUCUGCCUUAUUUAUGGGAACAAACUAUCGCGUCUCGCCCUGGGGUUUGGGCGAUGGCUGUACUUUGUGCGUCUUUACAUUUUUAAAUGUUCCACAUCCACCUUUACCAAUGUCAUUCCUGUAAAAGAAAUAUUCCUACUUCUGUCAUUCACUAGGUUUGUAUGGUCCCAACUGAAAUAAAUUUAUUCCGGGGAACAAACUCGACCACUGA